UUCUAUAUUGAAUUCUAUCAAAGAAGUUUCCUAGUAUCUGAAAUUUGUGAGCCCGUGCUUCGACCGGCGUUCAGAGUUAAUCCGUAUCCGUCACUCAGCCUGGCUCUUGAACAUCAAGUUGAAACCAAAGGGAGGAGAGAAUCUUAUUAAUUCCAAGCAGUUCUCGAUUGGUGUUUAUGGUCUGAACUGGAGCCAUUCAUGGUCUAGACUCAAAAGUUUGCAGCCUAAGUUUCCCAGCAUGGCACCUCGAAAAACUGUACAAUACAAUGAUUACAGGCAAGCUGUUCAACAGGUACGCUUCCACAAUACCUAUUCUAUUCCGUAACUGACAAGUUCAAACAGAUCAUAUUAUCUUCCUCUGAUGCCGAUUAUCUAGAUCAACUCAUACCCGCCCUCAAAGAUGCCACUUUAUCCAAUAGAACUCCUGCUCUCAUACGAAGCCUGUCACAAUAUGCGGACGACCGCGAGGCUGACAUCGAACGAAUUGGCUUAACAAAACAUGAAGAAUUCCUAGCAUCUGUCAAUCAGCUACAACAAGUCCGCGAAGGAACCUCUCAACUUACAUCCGAGAUUCUAAAGCUCAAUCAGUCCAUUCAAGCAAGCACGGAAAAGCUAGCUGCGCAAAAGGAGGCACUGGUGGACACUAGAUCUGUUCGUCAGAAUAUUGCAGAGGCUUCUGAGGCGUUGAAGGAAUCUUUGAAAGUACUUCAUGCCGUCAACCAGGCGCAUGAUUUGAUAAAGAAGAAGAAAUAUUAUGCGGCUCUUAAGGCAUUGGACGAUUUACAGAACGAGCAUUUGAUUCCGACAAUUCAGAACAAAUAUGCUACUCAGCACACCCUCGCAGAGAUAAUUCAAAAGUCGAUCCCCUCCUCUCAGAAAGCUAUCUCAGAAGCAGUAAUGAGUGAUUUGAAUACUUGGCUUUAUCGCAUUCGUGAGACGUCCCAAUUCCUGGGGGAAGUGGCAUUUUACCAUACAAAUAUUCGAAGGAGCAGGCAGAAGGAGCGCAUGGAAGCAAAUCCAUAUCUUCGGAACUUCAAGCUAAAUUCGGCCAUCGAGUUGGUCUAUGAUGAGAGUGAGGAAUUUGAUGUACUGAACAAUGAGGAACUCCAAGUCGAUUUUGAUCCCCUAUUCGAGUGUUUACACAUUCACGAGGCACUUGGUCAAAUUGAGAAAUUCAAAAGCGAAUAUGCUGUAACAAGAAGACAGCAGAAAGAUUUGUUGCUUCCAAGUUCUGUGAAUCUGACUGAUGAAGAGAGCGAACACUUUUUGAGUGCAUUGCUAGAAGGCAUUGCCGGCUUCGCUAUAAUAGAAAAGGCUACUAUGCGAAAAGUCCAUAAUUUGCGUUCUCCGGUUGACGUAUGCAACCCGCUGUAUAUCCAAAGAUUUGUAAACCAGCUAAUUCUCUACAGGUUGAUGAACUUUGGGAUUCCAUGUGUAAUGCCGCGAUCAACGCUGUUUCUAAAGCUCUAGAUGGAUUUGAUGACCCGGAUGUUAUCUUGCAAACUAAGAAUGUGAUCGCAUUGUUCAUACAGACAAUGGAGGUAAGGUUUCAAAGCACAAUGCAGAUCCUCAAAAGUACUAAUUUGAAAUCUAGGGUUGGGGCUAUUCAGUGGCUACGUUGGAUGCUUAUGUGCUCAAGCUUUUCUAUAGAUAUGCUGAUCUACUGAAACGGAAAUUCAGUACAGACUUUCAACAGGUUAGUGGGUAUCCAGAGCUGUGGAGGGUACGGACUGACUCUCAUAGAUCGUGUCAACGGAUGAAUACAUGCCUAUGCCAGUUAACAGUGAAGAAGACUUUGACAAGAUUGUUCAGGUUAGUUGGUAUGUGCCAGACAAACCAAAAGAAGAAUACACGUGAGUCAAGAGAAUCGUCUUCUUUCAUGGUUUUUUAUAACAAUUGCUAGGUUUCCUGGCGUAUUACCGUUCUCCCAGAUGUAUCCGAUGUGCUGUAUCGACAUCAGGAACUUCUUGAAUCGAUUCUACUUUAUAAUGGACGAUCAUUUCCAACAACCAAGUAUAAUUGACGAAACACUAAAGAAGGUAUGUAUGGCCGAGUCCGCUUUGUAGCUCCGUUCAAGCUGACCCAUCGUUCAUGCAGUCGAUAGACGAACUUCUGUCUGAAGAUAUUUGUGACCCGCUUGUAGAAAAGCUGAGUACUCAAUACCUGGGCCAGAUUGUUCAAAUCCUCAUAAACCUUGAGUAUUUCGAAUCAGCAAGUCGAGAACUAGAACAACUUCUCUUGGCCGCACGAUCAUCCACAUCAGCUGGUGGGCCAAUUGUUCUUGCCGCUACAGAAAAGUUCUCGAGUAGUAAGAAGGACGCCGAAAAGCGUAUAUUCGAAGUCGUCAACUCCAAGAUAGACGAUUUGGUUGAGACAGCAGAUUAUGAUUGGUAGGGGUUCUCGGUUCAAGAUCUAUUCUCCUGAACAACAACUAACAUGUUACUCGCUCCAGGAUGGCACCUUCUCUAGUAUCCGAGCCAAGCAACUACAUGCAAACUCUAACAACCUACCUUUCUAACAUCAUGAGCUCCACCCUCCUCACCCUACCCCGGGAAAUCAAAGAACUUAUCUAUUUCGAUGCUCUUUCCCACGCCGCAAACAUGAUUCUCGUAAGCUUACUCUUCGCCCGCCUCACUCCACUAGCCGACUAUUAACCAUCCACUAGGCGAUACCCCUCUCCCCGGAAGUCAAAAAGAUUAAUCCUCACGGCGUCGCUGCCCUCGCAAAAGACGUAGCCUACCUGUCCGAAUUCGUCGAUUCCCUCGACAACGCCCUCAUCCUCAAGGAGAAUCUCGAUGAAUUACAACAAACCGUCUAUCUAAUGCAGACAGAUAAUCCAGAUGAGUUUUUCGAUAUCAGUACCAGGAAUAAGAAGUUUGGAAGAGUGGAUGCUCUAAAUGGGCCUAAGAUAUUGGAGAAGUAUGGCCGCUUUCCAUUGAUAUUGGGUUUCAGACGAGUUAUUUUGGAGACUGUGUGCUAACUUGUAUUUGCAAAGACUUACCCAUACAAUUACAAGUCCGGUGAAGCCGGAUCGGCUUGCUGGGUUCUCCUCGAGGUUUGGCAUAAAUAAGUCAUAGAUAUUGAACAAUUUGGCCACUAUCCUUGUGGGAAAACAAGAAACAUUUUCAUGGAUCGCAAGUGUACGUGUCGCUAAUAUAUCCAUUGGCAAUCAUUUCAAGGCAUCAACCCUUUUUUAGAACCACACGGAAUGUUUCAGGGAAAAUUUUGUGGUUUU